GCUAACUAACAUAUUAUUAGUCCAAAUUGUUCACUAUAAAUUUCAAAACUGAACCGAUUUCAUUCUCGCCCUCGUAGUGGUCUAUUGUGCUGUGCGAGUAGUGCUUAAUGCUUUUUCUUAAAUUUUGCCGCCGGUAGUGUUGACAAACUCUAAAUUAUAUAUGUUUUUGUUUCUUUUGGAUGAAAUAAGAAGAAGAAAAACGCACAUUUUUUUGUACUACAGAACAGAACAUUUACAACAAUAGGGGAAGACAAUGCAACGUUCAUCGAAAAGAAAGCAGGAUGAGCAUCAGGAGGAUGAGAAGGAUCAGACAGAGCAGCCGCUCCAAACAGAAUCGGAGCUAGCAGCAGGAGGCAGCAGCACCAUUGGCGAUAUAACGGAUUUCACAACGCAAGCCUUUAAGAAUGUGGUGGCCGCCACACGUGCCUGCAACUCCUUUCCACAGGGCACCGCCCGCUCCCUGUAUCUCAGCUAUCCUGGGUAUUCGCGUGUCAUAGACGAUCUGUCCCAGCGGCUAGUGGGUCUCAUUGGCAAUGUGCUGCAGGCCGAAGAGGUCAAGGGGGACAUUAAAAAACGCCAGGUAGAGGAGCAGUUCGAGAUGGUCCAGGAGUGCAACGAUAUACUCUUCGAGCGCAUUACAACGAAUCUGGACAUCAAAGCCGGGCAGCGGAGGAAUCCGCACAUGGUGCUAGAGACUCAGGUUGAUGUAUUGAGCUCCUCACCGGCGACAGCGGUGGCCUCACCAGCAGAGACCGCAAAGGCGGGAAGCUGGAACAGGUGGCCACCCACGCCGCAGCGUAACAUGCUCUCCGCUCGCCUCUUCACGGCCAAAAACAUAAUGCGGCCGCAGAUGAACUUCAAGGUGCCGGUGGACAACAGUGACCAUAAUCCGUUUGCGCCACGCCUCAGGGAGAAGCCAAACUCGCUUAAGCCGCUGGCACUGCUGCCCGAGUACGACGAGGCGGGCAAUGUGCACGCCUAUUUGCAUCCGUAUGAGUUUGAGCUGAUGAAGUUUGAGCCGUCGGCGGAGCAGAUACAGAGGCAGACGCCUCUGAUGCCUGCUCCGCCCGCGAACACCGAACUGAUGCUCGUGGACAGUGUCGAAAAGUUGAAUCAGGCCCUGGCAGAGCUGCGCCAGGCACCCCACAUAGCCAUCGAUGUGGAGCAUCACUCGUAUCGCACGUUCAUGGGCAUCACCUGCCUGGUGCAGAUGUCCACGCGCACCAAGGACUACAUCUUCGACAGUCUUGCGCUGCGCGAGGAGAUGCACGUCCUGAACCUGGUGCUGACUGAUCCCAAGAAGCUGAAGAUCCUGCACGGCGCGGACCAGGACAUUGAGUGGCUGCAGCGCGACCUUUCGCUGUACAUCGUCAACAUGUUCGACACCCAUCGGGCGGCCAAGGCCCUGAACAUGGCUCGGCUGUCGCUGGCCUUUCUCCUCAAGCACUACGUAGACCUGGACGUGGACAAGAGCCUCCAGCUGGCCGACUGGCGCAUGCGGCCGCUCCCCCAGCAGCUCAUCGACUACGCCCGCCAGGACACGCACUACUUGAUCUACGUGUACGAGCGCAUGACCAACGAUCUGCUGCAGAGCGAGCAGGGGCAGCCGCAGGCCCUGCGCAGCGUCUUCCAGCUAAGCACAGAGGUGUGCAAGAAGCGCUACACCAAACCCCACAUUGGCCCGGAGUCGCAUCUCGAUCUGGUGCGGAAAACGAAGCGCUCCUUCGACAAUCGACAGCUGCACGCCUUGCGGGGCAUUUUCGAGUGGCGGGAUGCGACGGCGCGCCAAGAGGACGAGAGCUACGGCUAUGUGCUGCCCAAUCACAUGAUGCUCCAGAUUGCCGAGAGUCUGCCCAGGGAGAUGCAGGGCGUACUCGCCUGCUGCAAUCCCAUACCGCCGCUGGUGCGCCAGCAGCUGCACACGCUCCACCAGAUCGUGCUGAAGGCGCGGGAACAGCCGCUGGUUAAACCCAUCCUGGAGGCACGCAGCCAGCCGCAGGCCCUGCCCACCACCAGCAAGGACUACAGCAGCAAACUCUACUGCCCGCACGACUUCACCCACUUGGAGGAGACGCGCGAUGAUCUGCCCACGCUGCUCAAACGCAAUGCGUCGGGCAGGCUGCAGCUGCCAGUGGUGGAGGAGCAACCCAACGAGGAUAUUCCCCUGGCUGUGCCGGCCAUGACUCUGUUCGCCAAGCCCUCGUCGCACACUCCGGAGGAAGAGAUGCGUCUGGUGCACUUGCGCAAGGAGAGCCAGGUGCUGCGCAUGCCCUACAAGCGCUACCUGGCCAUCCUUCCGCUCAUGGUGCAGGUGAAGGCCGACCAGCAGGCACGUGACCGCAAUGAACUGCUCAAGCGUCGUCUGUGCCCAUCAGCACCCCCGCCAGAUGACAUCAAAUUGGAGUCAUCCACAGGUAAGGUUGAGGCCGAGGAUGCCGUCUACAGCCUGCCGCUAAAGGAACAGCUUAAGCGCAAGCACAAGCCCGACUCUGACCAGCAUCCCAGCAGCAGCAAGCGUUGGAGGGAGGGCAACAUCAAACCCAAACCGGCAGCAGUUCCAGCAGCAGUGAAGAGCGAGACGAUCGCCAGUAUCAGUGACGAUGGCGACGACGAUGACGCUGUCGUAGAAGUUCCCAUAGAGAAAAAGCCUGUAGCGCAAGCGGGUGAAGUCCCGAGCAAGCGCCAGCAGAAGCGUCAGCAGUUCCAGCGCUUUAGAGGUGCCAAGGCACGAGGCAAUCAUCCCCAGAGCUCCAGUCAACCGGUGCAGCAGCAACAGCAGCCCAAGCCGCAUGGCAACAACUUUGACUACAAGAACGUGGACUUUCGCCAGUUCAAGGGCGGCGCACAACGUGCCCGUGGCACAGAGAUCAAGCAAACAAUACGCGGAAAGAAUCGUCCCAACAAUCGGAAUAACAAGCAGUUUAAUAAGCUUUUUACAUUUAGUAAUGUAAGGAAAGAAGGCAAGAAAUAGAACUGUGCUUCAAAUCCAUAUAAAAAUACAUUUCUAAAAUAUGUCAGACGGGGUUCUCCACCACCAGGAGAAUCACAAAUAUUCAAUUGGGACAACAAUCUACUUUUGUUUCCGUUUAUUUGCAAAUUUUUCUAAAAUACUUCCUAUUAAAUAUCAACCAUAACUAUGCAGUAAAC